ACGUGACAACCUCGUGAUAGGGACAGCCAGCCUCCCAGUGACCACACCCUGUGAGUCUGUCUACCCUCAGGGCUCCGUGGUCUCUUCCUUCUGCACAGCUGAGUUCAGAGAGGAGACACCAUGCCCCACACCCUCUCGGCCCUGCUCUGCCUGGGGCUGAGCAUGGGCCUGAGGACCCCAGUGCAGGCAGGGACCCUCCCCAAACCUACCCUCUGGGCUGAGCCAAGUUCUGUAAUCCACUGGGGGAGCUCAGUAACCAUUUGGUGUCAGGGGAUCCUGGAGGCUAAGGAGUACCAUCUGGAUAAAGAGGGGAUCUCAACACACUGGGACAAACAGAAGCCAGUGGAUCCCGGGGACAAGGCCAAGUUCUCCAUCACACAGAUGAUAGAGCACACAGCAGGGAGAUAUCAGUGUUCCUAUCUCAGCGCCACUGGCUGGUCAGAGCGCAGUGACCCCCUGGAGCUGGUUGUGACAGGAUUCUACAGCAAACCCAUCCUCUCAGCCUUGCCCAGCCCUAUUGUGACUUCAGGAGAGAGUGUGAUUUUCAAGUGCCGCUCAGAGGAGGGAUACGGCAAGUUUGUUCUGACUAAGGAAGGAGAAGACAGGCUGUCCUGGACCCUGGACUCACAGCGACACUCCAGUGGGCAGUUCCAGGCCCUGUUCUCUGUGGGCCCUGUGACACCCACCCAUAGGUGGACAUUCAGAUGUUAUGGCUCUAACAGGAAUAGACCCCAGGUGUGGUCACCACCCAGUGAUGCCCUGGAGCUCCUGGUCUCAGGUGGCUCAGGGAAGCCCUCCCUCCUCACCCAGCAGGGACCCAUUGUGGCCUCUGGACAGAACCUGACCCUCCAGUGUCACUCUGACUUCGGCUAUGACAGAUUUGUUCUGUCCAAGGAAGGGGGACAGGACCUCCCCCAGAGCCCUGUCCUGCAGCUCCAGGCUGUGCUCUCUCAGGGUGACUUCCCCCUGGACACUGGGACCAGCUCCCACGGGGGCCAGUACAGGUGCUAUGGUGGAUACAGCCUGUCCUCUGAGUGGUCGGCCCCCAGUGACCCCCUGGACAUCCUGGUGGCAGGAUGGCUCCCUGACACACCCUCCCUCUCAGUGCAGCCAGGCCCCACAGUGGCCUCAGGAGAGAAGGUGACCCUGCUGUGUCAGUCACAGAGCCUGAGGGACACUUUCCUUCUGACCAAAGAGGGGGCAGCCGAUCUCCCCCUGCGUCUGAGAUCACAGUCUGGAGCUCAGCAGCACCAGGCAGAGUUCUCCCUGGGCCCUGUGACCUCAGCCCAGGGGGGUACCUACAGGUGUUACAGUGCAAACCACAACAGCCCCUACCUGCUGUCACAUCCCAGUGAGCCCCUGGAGCUCCUGAUCUCAGCCUCCCAACCCCAAGACUACACAGUGGAGAAUCACAUCUGCAUGGCCAUGGCUCUGCUGGUCCUCAUGGUCCUUGGGGUGCUGCUGUUUCAGGCUCGAGACAGCAAGAGAAUGGCCCAGGCUGCAGUCAGGACAUGAACACAGAGGGGACAGGGCACCAUUCAGAGUGGGGGGAGCAUGAAGCCCAUCUGAUGACACAGGA